GGGAAACUGCUCCCUGCAGCUCUCGCAGAACAAACAGCACAUUCAUAGGCAGCAGUCAGUCAGUCAGUCAGCCAGCAGUAUAAUAUCUCUGGAGAAUUUACUUCUCUUUCUCUCUGAAUGUCACAUUUGUUCAAACGCGCCUCAUACAAUGAGGAUUAUAAUCUUGAUCAUCGCGAGCACUUUCCUGUUCAGCGUCAUUUUUACGCAACGACAUCGAAGACCAGUCUUUACAUGUGGCAGGAACUUUACUGGAGACACAGGACUGAUUGGGAGUCAGGGGUAUCCCGGUGUCUACCCACCCAACAACAAAUGUGUGUGGAGAAUUACUGUUCCUCAAGGGAAGGUUGUCUCCCUCUUGUUCAGAGCUCUGGAUCUUGAGAGUGAUAGUCUUUGCAGAUAUGACUUUGUUGAUGUAUACGAUGGCCACAUCAAUGGGCAGCGUCUCGGCCGCUUCUGUGGUACCGCCAAACCCGGAGCGCUGGUCACCAAUAGAAACAAGAUGCAAGUGGUCAUGGUGUCAGAUGCCAACACAGCUGGGAGUGGUUUCCUAGCUGUAUACUCAGCGAUUCGCCCAAAUGAAAGAGGUGACCGGUAUUGUGGGGGUCUUUUAGACAAACCCUCUGGGACGAUAAAGACCCCUAACUGGCCAGAUAAAGACUACCCAGCAGGAGUAACGUGUUCCUGGCAUAUUGUUGCUCCUCAAGACCAGAUCAUUGAGCUGAAGUUUGAGAAGUUUGAUGUGGAGAGAGACAGCUACUGCCGCUAUGACCAUGUGGCUGUGUUUAAUGGUGGAGAAACGAAUGAGUCACGGAAGAUCGGCAAGUUUUGUGGAGACAGCCCACCCAUGCCAAUUUAUUCUGAUGGCAAUCAUCUCUUCAUCAUGUUCCUGUCAGACCUGAGUCUAACUGCGGAUGGAUUCAUUGGCCAUUACCGCUUUAAAUCACGGAGUCUCAGCACAGCCAGUGCCCCUCUCACCACUGUGAGCACUAUCCCACUCACCACACCGCCCGCAGCCCUUACAUAUUCAGAAGGUCUUUGCAAGCAGAAAUGCAAAAGGACUGGAACAAUUGAAAGCCAUUAUUGCUCCAGUAACUUUGUGAUUACCGCCACCCUUAUCUCAGCAGCCAUGAGGGAACACAGCGUCCUUGCCACCUUCUCCAUCCUGCACCUUUAUAAGGAAGGAAGUUUAGCCAUCCAACAGGCUGGGAAGACCAUGAGCACCAAAGUCAAGGUCCUCUGUAAAAAAUGCCCUCUGGUCAGAAGAGGGCUUAACUACAUUGUCAUGGGACAGACAGAUGAACAGGGACAAGGUAUUGUGUCUCCUCAUAACUUUGUGAUGGCCUUCAAAACCAAGAAGCAACGGGAUCUGGGAGUGCUGAAGAAUAUACGCUGCUAAUGUGCACAGGUCACCUCCAUGACUGUUCAUUUCUAUGACUUCUGUGAUUCACUUGAUGUACAUGCUUUUGAUAACAUUCAUACUUGAAGGACUCUUUCAGUAUUUAAGAGUGGUCUAAUUUGUUUCAUAUUUCUGAAGCACAUUUACUCCAAUAUAGAACAUUUAAAAAAUCUUUAGUUUGUAUGUUUUUUUUUUUGUUUUUUUUUAAUGUUGAGGAUAAUUUAUUGUGUUUUAAAUAUCUUUGACCACGUGAAUCAAUGAUUCUCUCACAUUCAGUUCAACUGAAGAACUGAACUGUAGCAGAGCUUUCUAGAAAGCCUGUAUAUAAAUGAAAGCACUCGCUACAACACAAACUCUAUCAUUUGCAGUAGCUGCGGGGUGGUGACAUUUACGUUCCAGGAGAUCUGGACAUGCUGGCCUUUGAAUCUGACAUUUAUCUAAUCUAUCUGGUGUUGUAAUGAGUGAACGAAGAUUGAAGAUGACAAAAUGAAAUGUUGUCAAAAUGAAGUGCACUGUAAAAUUGGUAUUAUGUCAGCUGAGGUUACUACAAAAAGAUCCCCAGUUGUUCCUGUUAUUUGAACUCUGAAACCAUUAAAAAAAGAGAGCUUCUGUUGUAAUUUAGGGAAACAUUUGUAUAAAAGAGUAUAGCAGUUUUUUCCCCUUAAUAUUUUUGAUUUAUAACUGUAUUAUUAAAAUCAUGGCAGGGAAAUUAGAAUGGAAAUGAAAGCUACAUUUAACAAUUGCUUAUUGAGUAUUUGAGGGGAUCAGCUUAAUUCUGAUCAUUUUUAAUCAGCUUUUGAAAUGUUGAUAUUAUCAAGUGAAAUAAUACCAUUAAAUCUAAUGCUAUAGCUUCUUAUAUAUAUAUAUAUAUAUAUAUAUAUAUAUAUAUAUAUAUGCAAUUUUCUUACCAUGCAAUAGCUUUGGGAUUUGCUUAGCAAAGGUGGCGGAUCAUUUUCUACUUUGGCAUUUAAACUGGCAUAUUAGUGUUGGAACUGGGCAGCAAACUCAUUUAAAUACUGAGAUCUGCUAGUGUUUCUCUACAGUAAUAUCAUGCAGUAGAGAGAAUGAGGCACAUUGUAAGUGAAUCCACUGUGCCCAGAGGGGGCUUACAGUAUUCUCCUGGGUGAAAUCGAGCGUAGCUCUACGUGAUGGUACAAUUGUCAAAGGGGAACACUCAGCUCGGCUGAAAUUAUCCCAGAAACUCAAACACAUCUGGAAUUCCACAAUGACACUGAGAGACUCUCUCUAGAGGAGAGCUGGACUCACUCGACAGUAGCAGUGAUGAAUGUAAAUAGGAGGCAGAGUCCAGGAAAGUGUUUGCUUUUAUAAAUACAUUUCUGGCCACUGUUAAAUGAUGUGGAUGCUGGUUUAAUUAUUAUUUCUGUCUAUUUGGAGAGCUGACAUGGCUUGAAAAGAUUUCGAUUUUGGCAUUUGUUCUGCUUUCGACUGAAAUUUCACUGUAUAAUAUCCUCCUCUGGAUUACAAUGCGCUUCCCUGGAUGAGCAAAUAUUGUUUAGACUGACAUCCAAAAUGUGGGUCUGUAAUCCAAAACAGGUUGCCAGCUGCAUUUAAGCCUGAUUAAAUAACAAACUGAAUGAAUGUGCAGAUAUCUACAUGGCUCAAAUAUUUCUUGUGGGCACCUUUAUUUACGUAAUGUAAAAAAUAUCCAACUAUUUACAGUCUGGCUCAACUGAAAGAAUCAUUUUAAUGAGUCAAUGAAUAAAUCAAAACAAUUAUUCACAAUUAUUAAGAAAUAGUUCAUUCAAAAAUCAAGAUUUCCUUCCUCAGGCCAGUAUGUAGAUGAGUUUAUGUCUUCAACAGAACAUAUUUGGAGAAAUGUAGUAUUAUAUCACCAAUGAAUUAUCUGCAGUAAAUGGGUGCCGUCAGAAUGAGAGUGCAAACAGCUGAUAAAAGCAUCACAAUAAUCCACAAGCAAUCCACUAACUUUAAACAAGUUAGUUUGUACUAAACAAAUCCAUCAAGACUAGUGAUGGGAAUAACGGUGUUAUAAAUAAACGGCGUUACUAACGGCGUUAUUUUUUUCAGUAACGAGUAAUCAAACUAAUUACUGUUUCCCCCGUUACAACGCCGUUACCGUUACUGACAAUAAAAUGCGGCAUUACUAUAAUUUAUUAUAAUAUUACUAUAAUUUUAUUUUUCAGUUCAUCUGAAUGGAUGCGCAGUGUAGCCUACCUGUAUUUGACGUACCGUAAACUCUAGUGUGAAGGCGCAUAUCUCGCCGUCGCUUUGUCUCACACACGCAAAGAAAGAGACAGAGCGAGAGACAGGCAGAAUUGACGCGCUACAUGUAAACAAUAUUCUUUGUUGUAUUUUCCUGUCAAAAUAACGGAGUUCCUUUGGAAUUCUUCAGCUUUUAAGAACUGCCGGGUUCUCUUGUAGUGGGCGGAACUAAUGCGCAAACGACAAUCUCAUUGGCUGGCGCUCACCUAUUAUCGUCCCUGUUUUCAUUUCAGCAAAUCAAUUUGAGCGAACGCAGACAACGUGAUUAAUAUUCAGGAACCCAGCAGUUUACUAAUCCUUAGUGCGUUUUAUAUUGUUAUUAGUAGUAGAAUUCGUAGAAGUUUUGUUAUCUUAUCAUUAGCCUAU